AUGAGAGGACACACAAUCGUCUGGUGGGGUUUCUCGUCUUGUACAACGGCUGUUAAUGUUUUGAAUUCGAAUCAAUUUUUGGGAGCAAAAGGUGAUCGCACAAUGUUUACUUUACAUUGUCUAUCGGCUAAAGAUAUUCGUAAACAUUCGUAUUAUCCAGCUGAAGAUGAAGUGCUUCUAAUGCCUGCGACUCAAUUCGAAGUGAUCGGUUGUCUUAAUCAAGGUGAUCUUCAUAUAAUUCAAUUAGAAGAGACUCGGCCGCCACAUCCACUUUUACUACCUGUGCAAAUUGUUGUUCCACCAUCAAUCAAUCCGACUCCCUCAAUAAUUCCUAAUAUUCCCGUCAAUGCCCAAUGGGCACAGAAUGGUAUCACUGUGGCUGGAGGAAAUCGACAAGGCAAUGAAAUCAAUCAACUCUCAAGCCCAUGUGGUUUGUAUGUUGAUGAUGAUCAAACAGUCUAUGUCGCUGAUUAUGACAAUAAUCGUAUUGUGGGAUGGAAAUGGGGUGCGACGAGUGGCCAAGUGGUUGCCGGUGGAAAUGGACCAGGAAGUGGGGCUCAUCAGUUGUCUUACCCAAGAGAUGUGAUUGCCGACAAAGAGAGAGAUUGUCUCAUCAUUUCCGAUACUUCGAAUAGAAGAGUGGUUCGAUGGCCUCGUCGAAAUGGGACAAGUGGAGAAACGAUCAUCUCGAACAUCGAUUGUUGGGGUUUGACAAUGGAUGAGAAUGGAUCUCUCUAUGUCAUUGACUGGGUAAAAGAUGAAGUGAGACGAUAUCGAAGAGGAGAAUCUCAAGGAACAGUGGUUGCAGGUAGCAAUGGGCGUGGAAAUCGUCUCGAUCAACUCUUUUACCCACACUACGUAUUCGUCGAUCGAGAUCAUUCAGUGUACGUGUCUGAUUGGGGAAAUGAUCGUGUGAUGAAAUGGGUGAAAGGUGCAAAGCAAGGCAUUGUCGUGGCUGGUGGUCAAGGAGGAGGAAAUGGUCUUACACAAUUGUCAUAUCCUAAAGGAGUCGUUGUCGAUCAUUUGGGCACUGUUUAUGUGGCUGAUUGGGGGAAUGCUCGAAUCAUGCGUUGGCCCAAUGGAGCCACACAGGGAAGUGUCAUUGUUGGUGGAAACGGUGAAGGAGGACAAUCGGACCAACUCCAUUGGCCCUUCACUUUGUCAUUCGAUCGACACGACAAUCUCUAUGUCGGCGAUAACGGAAAUCAUCGAGUACAAAAAUUCGACCUGGAAUCCAAUAAAUGA